GUUGACCCAAACAAAUACUAUAUUAUUUUUUUAAUUCGAUUUCAUUCAAAGAAGCAUUUUUGGGAGACGAGGAGGCGAUCCACGGCUUAUUCUUAAGAAACCUUCCACAGUCGCCGCCGAUUUUAUCUUCUCCGCCGGAAUUGUGAGGGAUCAACAAAUGGCUCCCAGAGGAAGAAGAAAGAAGGCUGGAUUGAUGCGAGAGGAUGCAGCACGAGAUCGCAUGAGAGGAUUUGGGUUUCAUGAGCAUGUUAUCAGUGAGAGUAUUAAGGAACUGUUAGAGGUCUACGAAGACCAAUGGUUUUUGAUUGAAGAUGAUAGCUAUGGUCCCCUCCUUGCUAUCUGCCUUGAAAAGCAAGAGGAAAAAGAGAAACAAUUGGCUGAAGUACAAGCCAACCAAUUGCCUGAGAAUCACAAUGAAGAGAUGGCUGAGGAAGAACAACCCAAUCAAUUGGCUGUGGAAAUACACGAAGAAGAGAAGGAGCAGGAGCAGGACAUGCAUAUUGAGUAUGGAAGAGACCAAGCUGAUGAGUUAUCAAUCAAUAGCGAAGCAGUCAAUGACCCAUCACCAGCAGCUAUUCAUUUGGGAGAAGCAUCAUCAGAUUAUGCACAAAGUUCUGUUCGAGGUAAUAAAAGCUUUUUUACUCAUAUCCAUACCAAUCUCAACAUAAGAAAUGAAACAUUCUUUUACUGCGGUCAAAAUAAUUGAUUAGGUGUGGAGAAUCUUCAUUGUGGAUGGCUAAUUGAUGAGGAGGAGACGGAUCCUGAGGAGGAAACGGAUCCAGAGGAGAAGGAGACCGAGCCAGAGGAUCCAAAGGAGAAGGAGACGGAGCCAGAGGAGGAUAGUGAUGGUGAUGAUGAUGAGAUCAUUCAGCUUACUCCAGAACCUCUUUGUGAAGAACUUCAAGAGCUUCUCAGGGAAGUACGUGGACAGAAGAGGAGGAAGAAAGAGAUGAGGUGGGACAAGUAAAGGAGCUAUGGAGCUCCUGUAAGUAGCAAAUUGAUAUAUAUGUUAGGAAGCCAAAUAGUAGUAGUAAGCUAUAGUAUUGUGGUGAAAAAAGGUAAAACGACCCAUCUUAACAUCUCUUGAGAUAUUGGUUUUUAAUAAUUUGUGAUGGAGUAGAGAAAGCAGAUAGUCUUUAUCAGUAGUUGUAUGAGUCAUACAAUAGUACCCGAACCCACUUAUCCAAAGAUCAAUGUCGAAAGUGGAAACCAAAUCCCUCUAAAGUAAAUUGAAUAGCCAGUCUAAAAGUUAGACCAAAUCUGAAAGUCGGUUUAAUUGCAAUUAUACCUUCUAAAUGCAAGAACCAAUAUCAACCGGUACUUCAUAUUCUUUUGAUUUUUGAUUUGUACAUAUAAACUUUUUUUUGUACAUAUAAACUUAAAUGCAAGUAUAGCUUGACUUGUAUUUUACACAUCAGCGGAAAAGUUUGAGAGAGGAAGCAUAUUGUAUUUC